AAAUGGAGCUCUCUUGAUAAAUGGAGCUAACUUUUAGUCCAAAAAUUAAGAAGUGUGUUAUUGAUUUGUUAAUACUACUAAAUAUUAGACUCCUCCGGCAUAUUCUGCGCCGGACUUGGUCGAGCCUGGGGGCUUGGCUUUAUUUAUUUAUUUAUUAAUUAUUUCAAAAAUUAGUUUUUCCUGUUUAACACUAAAGCAGUGGGCAUGAAAUUUGAGAAUGGCUUCUUCAAGAAGAUGGGCUGCUAUCAUUUCAUUCAUUUCUUCUCUCUUUCUCUUCUUUAUCGUUAUCUUUCAAGUCCCUCUCUUCAGGGCACCGUGUAGAAUUGGAAUAUGUACAUCACCUAUAUUGGUGACAUCCUCUCAGUUGAUUGCAACAGAAAUCUGUCCUGAAUUUGUUGUUAAAGCUCUUCUUUACCCUGGUGCCAUUGCAAAAGCUUUCAUCAAGAACAAGAACAUCCCAAAAUAUAGUGAAUUGUUGAAGCUAUAUAACCUUUCCAAUUUAAAGAAAGGUUCUAUUGCAACUGAUUACCAUCGCCUGGAGAUUCUUGCAGGAAGCUACUUGACUGUGGCAGGAGCAGUAUUAGGUCUUCUAAGGCAAGGGAGAAUGAGCCUUUGUGGAAUACUUCUUAUCAUAUGGGGCUUUGUAAGGGAGGCUAUUCUAAGAAAGUAUGCUAAUAUGAAUCCUAUGAAAGGUUUUAAUAUGUACCCAGCAAUGUCCAUUGCAGUUCUUUGUGCUUGCUUAUCCAUAAGAAAGGAUGUAAGGAAGCUAAUCCGUAGUUCCAGAGCUCAGCGAGUCGUGAAAUCUCUGCGAUAUAAGUCAAAAUAUAUGUGACUUGGGGGUAUCAAAACUUGUAAUAUGAUCAAGUAGCUAUUUCACAAGGCAGGGUAGCUAAUAUGCCAAGUUUCAGAAUAAUCCCAAGAAUCAGAAGAUUUUCUUUGAUUCUGAAAUGUGCUAUACUAGUUUGGUUUCACAGAAGCUUUUGGACCAUACUUGCCUUUGGUAGUUGUUUUCUUUAAGCUUUCUCAUUGUGUAGCUAGUAUGUACGUGAGCUUUUGCCCCUGUAUUUUAUAGGAUCCAGCUUACCUAUUCAUUGAAAAAGGACCAUUCUUUAUUAUGUGAUA